CCGAGCUUGUGGGGAAAAGCCACCAUUUUAGCAGGCGCCCACAGAAAACGGUAGGUUCUCUCUCGUAACUAAAUCUAGAUUAGUGAACCUAGCUGAUCCCAGUUCAAUCCCUUCAACUUCUACCUGGAGCGGAGGGAUGUCACAGUCCGACGGUUGGCUCCUCACAGUACUUCUGGUCUCAGUCGGUUCCCUGUUUGAAUCAAAAGUGUUUCUGGAGCAGAGGCAUGCAGUGCAGCUACUCCGAGGGCCCCGGCGGCCCAGGGCCAACUUCUUCCUUGAGGAGAUGAUGCCCGGCAACCUGGAGCGGGAGUGCUACGAGGAGACCUGUUCCCAGGAGGAGGCUGCCGAGAUCUUCCAGACCAAGGAGAAGACGAUGGAGUUUUGGUAUAGAUAUAAGAAUCUGAAUCCUUGCCACUACAACCCAUGUAAGAAUGGAGGAAUCUGCACCAUCGAUCGGGAUGGAUACCACUGUCUGUGUCCCCCACGCUACGAUGGGAAAACCUGUGCAAUAGAGGUGUUUGAGUGCCAGUUUAAGAAUGGAGGCUGUCUGCAUUACUGCACCAACCAGGAGCGCACCACAGGGGUCCAGUGCAGCUGUGCAGAGGGUUACCAGUUAGAUGAGGACGGCAAGACCUGCUCUGAAACCGUGGCGUUCCCUUGUGGGAAGAAGCAGAGUGAGGCUUCGCUGCGCCGCUCUCUACUGGACGAGUCCGAGCCCUUCACCCCGACCUUCCGCCACUCUGACAGGAACCUCACCAUGGAGGGGGAAAGGAACUCAACCUCCAACCUAUUUGCGAUUAACUCAACCCAGCCAGGGGAGAACAGCACUGAUUACAUGGAGGACGUUAAUGAAGACACCCGGAUAGUAGGAGGGCAGCUGGAGAGGCAGGGAGGAAGCCCAUGGCAGGUCAUGAUCUGGAGGGAGGAUGGGUAUGGCUUCUGUGGGGGAACUCUGAUCAGCCAGCGCUGGGUGGUCAGUUCCGCACACUGCAUGCAUGAAACCCCUGACCAUGUGACUAUCGGGGACUACGACAAGCGGCGUCCCGACCCAGAUGAGCAAAAGAUUAAGGUGGCCAAGGUCGUCGUCCACCCUCACUUCCACGACUACACCUUCGAUAGCGACAUUGCUCUCGUCUACCUCUCUUCCCCCGUGGUGCUGAGCCCCGUGGCGGUGCCCGCCUGCCUUCCCAAUGGUCAGCUGGCCCGUCACCUCCAGCGGGAGGACGUGAGGGGCAUGGUCACAGGCUGGGGCGUCACACAGUACCUGGGGCUCUCCUCACGCUUCCUGAGGAAAGUCACUCUGCCCGUGGUCGACCAGCAGAAGUGCAUCAGCUCCACGGAGCAGGUCAUCACGGACAACAUGUUCUGCGCCGGCUACCCGGAGGCCAGCUUGGACGCCUGCAGUGGGGACAGUGGGGGUCCCUUUGUGGUCAACUACCGCGGGACCUGGUUCCUCACAGGGGUGGUGAGCUGGGGGGAGAAGUGUCACGCCAAGGGGAAGUAUGGCAUCUACACCCGGCUAGGGAACUACCUGCAGUGGAUACAAGAUACUAUAGAAAGGCAGGUGCAUAACAGUACACAUACCUGAGGUGCAGCUCGGAGACGAUCCCAAUUCAGUCCCUACCCCUUGGCCCUUCAACGAUUGCAGCUCUGAUCAUCUGAAGGAUCUGGAUAGGUGCAAGCAGUUUGGUGGUGGCCUUUACCAUAUUGCUUACACACCUGCAAAGAUCGAAGGGUUGGGGACAAGGCCCAAAUUGGGAGUGGCGAUGAUAAAUUCCAAGUCAAAUGUAUCAAACCCUAGCCCCAACCAGGUAUUAGCAAUACAGUAAUAGCUUGUAAUUGACCUCUGAGGGAAUUCGGGGAAGAAUUUAUAGCAUACAUCCAAU